GGAAGAUGGCAGAUGGCUCUUCCUCGUAGGGUGUGUGAGUGUGUGUCGUUUGUUUACCGUUAGAUGCGUCGCUCCGGUGCGUGUUUCAUUCCCGUCCGUCUCCGUUGAGUCACCGGACAGUGUUCAUGUUGUGCGGGCUGCUGUUUUCCACCGCUCAUCUGUGUAAAUAUGACGGGAGAGAAGAUCCGCUCGGUGCGCAAAGAGCGCAAAGCGGGUUUGGAUCUGCUGGAGCCGGACGAGGAACCGGCGGCCACCGGGCCGAUCAAAGCCAACCGAGGCAGCAAGAUCUUCAGCGGCAGCAACCACAAGAUCAUCCGCUCCAGCUCGCAGCAGAACCAGAACCAUGGCGACACUGACAGCGCGUAUCCCGUGCAUGAGUGUGUGUUCAGGGGAGACGUGCGGAGGCUGUCAUCGCUCAUCCGAACACAGAAUAUCGCGCAGAAAGACGUGCACGGAAACACGCCCCUUCAUCUGGCUGUUAUGAUGGGUCAUAAAGAAUGUGCCCAUCUCCUUCUGGCCCAUAAUGCACCAGUGAAGGUGAAAAACGCUCAGGGAUGGAGUCCACUCGCCGAGGCCAUCAGCUACGGAGACCGACAGAUGAUCACGGCUCUGCUGCGGAAGCUGAAGCAACAGUCACGAGAGAGCGUGGAGGACAAGAGACCCCGUCUGCUGAAAGCACUGAAAGAGCUUGGAGAUUUUUAUCUGGAGCUUCACUGGGAUUUCCAGAGCUGGGUGCCUUUACUUUCACGGAUUUUGCCCUCCGACGCCUGCAAAAUCUACAAACAGGGUAUCAACAUCCGUUUGGACACUACACUGAUCGAUUUCACGGAUAUGAAGUGCCAGCGAGGAGACCUGAGCUUCAUCUUCUGCGGUGACGCCGCUCCCUCCGAGUCCUUCGUGGUUCUAGACAACGAGCAGAAGGUUUACCAGCGGAUUCAUCACGAGGAGUCCGAGAUGGAGACGGAGGAGGAGGUGGACAUCCUCAUGAGCAGCGACAUUUACUCCGCCACCCUCUCCACCAAAUCCAUCACCUUCUCACGGGCGCAGACGGGCUGGCUCUUCAGAGAGGACAAAACGGAGCGUGUUGGGAAUUUCCUGGCAGAUUUCUACAUGGUCAACGGUCUGGUUCUGGAGUCCAGGAAGAGACGCGAGCACUUGAGCGAGGAGGACAUCCUGAGGAACAAGGCCAUCAUGGAGAGCUUCAGCAAAGGAGGGAAUCUCAUCGAGCAGAACUUCGAGCCAAUGAGGCGUCAGUCGCUGACCGCUCCAUCUCCGAACACUAUAUCCUGGGAGGAGUACAUCACCGCUGAGACGGGAAAGGCUCCUCACCUGGGCCGAGAGCUCGUGUGCAAAGAGAGCAAGAAGAACUUCAAAGCAACGGUAGCCAUGAGUCAAGACUUUCCUCUGGGCAUCGAGUCGCUGUUAAAUGUUUUGGAGGUCAUCGCACCCUUCAAGCACUUUAAUAAACUCAGAGAAUUCGUUCAGAUGAAACUCCCACCUGGAUUUCCUGUCAAAUUAGACAUCCCCGUUUUCCCCACCAUCACCGCCACCGUGACCUUUCAGGAGUUCCGUUACGACGAGUUCGACGAGUCCAUUUUUACGAUUCCCAGCGACUACAAAGAGGAUCCCAGCCGCUUCCCAGACCUCUGAGCUGCUCUGUAUCCCACUUUACCCCGUUGUUCCCGUCUCCAUCUCCUCCCAUCCAGACCGACAUCUCCCUCCGGUUACUUCUGAGACGUUUGCAGAUGGAGACGUAGAAAACACUUGUAAUAUGGACACAAAGGGAUCGUGCUGAAGGGAAGUGAUCAACACUGCUGACUCCUGGUACGCAGCUGCACUACAUGAUAAAACACGAGUUCUACACAACCAGACGAGGAAUCGCAGAUGUGUGGAGCUCAGGACAGUACGAUACGCUAGAAACACGGCGUCAGAGUCACUUCACAUCACCUCUGUAACUGGCAGGAAAUAUGGCAUUAUAAAUUAUUACAUAAGCAGCGUUUUCAUAUAUAUCUUUGUACAACUGUUACAAACUUGUAUACUUCACUUAAAGGAAACGUGUAUAUUUAGGAAAGAAGCGGGAGGCGUGUGUAUAUGAUUUGAAUUGUACGAAAUCUGUCACAGAAUACAAUGUAUAUGUCAUUUCUACAGAUAAGAGAAGACUUUCUUUGUGCAACUUGUAAAUACCAGUUCUUUUGCUUGUCCUUUGUGUUUCUGUUGCAUUAUGGGAAAUGGGCUGCGUCACUUUCUUCUUCACUGUGUUGAGGUGGUUUUGUUGCUUUCUCACAUCCUAAUAACUAGUGUUUUUGAACUGGGACGAUCGUACAGGGCCGGAUGUAUAUGUAGCAGAAACGUUUCGAUGGACGGGAACUUUCAGCUGCUGCAGCCCGUCGGUUUUGGUUCACUUUUUCACCUUGAUAGAUGGAUGUAAAUAAUUCAAAUUUAAAAAUGUUUUCCAAUGUAGUAUAAUUGACAUGUAUAACUGACGAAUAUGUUUAUUAUUGAGAUAUUAGUGUGAAAUGUUUCCAGAGACGUUAGGUGAUAUGGCAACGACAUCUUACUCGAGUGUUUUAUAUGUUUUUGCUGUGUGCCGAGGGAAAAGGAGCUCCCGUCAAAUUUGCGCCAGCAAUAUCCAGUUGGGAAAAAAAAAUAUUUUUAUGUUUCUUGUGUUUUCGUUUUUUCCUCCUCAGAAUGGAAACGAGCUGCAACACUUCCAUGACCCACUACUGGCUAGUGUGGAAAACUCUUGUGUUUUGCUAUAUUCCUUUUUAUUUUUAAUACCAGCUUCUUUUCCUGUGUUUGUUUUCAUUGUUUUUAGAUUUGCUUUCUGCCUUCAAUACUUCAAUUCUCUCCCAAAUGCAUCAAACUCCUUGAUGUACAGCAGGAACCUUGUAUGAACCUGCUGCACUUUUACAUGACAAAUUGUAAUUAAUAAAAUGUCCACGUAUCAA